CAAAAUAGUUCAGCGGGAAUAAAACUUGUGUAGAAUAUGACAUUUCAAUAGAUCAUAAUACAUUUGCGUUUCAUUUGUUUGCAGUGAAAAGCUGUCGUAAUGUCGAGAUAGGGCAGUAUGUAAAUACCAGAACACACAAUGUAGUUAUUGCACCAGUUUAUCAUUGUUUUUAAGCAUGUCCCUAUUCAAGGCACGGGAGUGGUGGGCCACUCUAGCAGGAGAGGAUGAGGAAUAUGAUCUUGGCUGCCUGUGUGUAGCUAAUAUAGAUAACAGCUCAACAGGAACAGAAAAAAUAAUAGUUGGAAGUUACCAUGGAUCUUUACGGGUAUUUAAUCCACGUCCGGUGAAAGGAGAGAAAGGCUGGAGUGGAUUUAAGUCAGAAGAUGUGAUGCUGGAAACCCACUUGCAGUACCCCAUAUUACAAGUAGAAGCAGGGAAGUUUGUUUCAGCAUCUGAUAAAUUGCACUUAGCAGUUCUCCAUCCUAGGAAGAUUGUAGUUUACAGUAUUACAGCUGUAUCUGGGGCUGUUGAACACGGCCAUUACUGUCAGCUGAACUUGAUGUAUGAGCACAGUCUGCAGCGCACCUCAUACAACAUGUGUUAUGGUCCAUUUGGAGGAGUCAAAGGCCGAGACUUUCUGUGUGUUCAGUCUAUGGAUGGCACACUCUCUGUAUUUGAGCAGGAUUGUUUUGCAUUCAGUCGCUUUCUUCCUGGGGCUCUAUUACCAGGACCAAUGAAAUAUGUUGCUGUAACAGACAGCUUUGUCACUGUGUCCUCCAGUAGGCAGGUGGAAAGCUAUAAAUACCAGGUGCUAGCAGUGGCCACAGAUUCCGCAACAAAAGAAGAGUCACAAAGCAUAAAAACAGGGAAAAAAGUUGCAGUUGACUGGACAUAUAAUAUGGGAGAACAAGCCCUUGACAUAUAUGUGACUGCAUUUCCUAAUAUAUCAACAGCCAUCAUGAUUUUAGGGGAAAGAAACUUAUUCUGUCUGACAGAAGGUGGAAAACUAAAGUUUAUGAAGAAAUUUGACUACAGUCCAAGUUGUUUUCUACCUUACAGUUCUGUGUCAGAGGGCACCAUUAACUACAUGGUAGCUACCCACACUAAUACGCUACUUGUGUACCAAGACGUGACAUUAAAGUGGGCAGCACAGCUUCAACAUUUACCUGUGCAGGUGAAAAGAGGAAACUUUCAGGAUUUGAAGGGUGUGAUAGUGACCCUAGAUGAGUAUGGCCACAUAGACUGUAGCUAUCUAGGUACAGACCCAGCUUUAUUUGUCACCCAGCAGUCAGAGGCCAGAGAAAUCAAUUAUGCUGACCAGGACCAAGAAAUGCAACAGCUGCAGAAAAUUAUCAAGGAGCAGUCUGCAAAAACCAGUUUGUUGCCAGCCCUUAGUUCAGAUGAUGAUGUUACCCUACAAGUACACGUUCCAGAUCAGUUGGAUUCAAUUUCUCAAGCUCAAGGUGUAGAGAUCUCAGAUAGUGAAGGAACCAUUCCAUCUAUUACAGUUAAGGUCAGCAUUAAGGCAAAGACAGCAGUUCAAAAUGUACGGUUUUCUGUUCAUACUGCACUUCCUCUGGCAGCAAGUCAAACACAAUACCAGUUCUCAACACUAGAUUCCAAUAGACCAGGGGAAGUGCUAAUUUCGUUCUUUUUAAAGAAUGAUUUUAUGCCGUCAGAUCUCAGUGCCGAAAUUACUGCCACCUAUCAGAAUGCUGCAGGGGCUCCAAGAGUAGCACAAGCCCUGAUCCCACUACCCAUUAAACUUGUUAUUCACCCAUGCCUUCCCAUGAAGAUGGCCACACAUAAAGUCACAAUAGAUACAAAUAAACCACCAGUUAGUCUCAAUGACAUUUUCCCAGAUCUCCUUGGAGAGAAUGCAGGCGGUCCUGGCAAUGCUCUGGGAUUUCAGUUUUAUGGUGGUGUAGUGGUCACAAUGUUAGCAUCCAAAACAUCACAGCGCUACCGACUACAAAGUGAUGUCUUUCAAGCCAUGUGGAUUAUGACAAAUGAAUUAGUAAAGAGACUAGAAAAGUAUUUCAUGGCCCGUCGUGCUACAGACUUUCAGUGCUCCUUCUCGGGAACCAUGCCUCUUGCAGAAUACUUUGAUGUGGUUGAUCACCAUUUUGAAGUAAGGUUAAAAGAUCUCCAAAUGAAAGAAGUAUUGGGACAGAGGGCAGCACAGUUCAGAGCAAUUCAGAGGCGCCUUCUGACCAAGUUUAAGGACAAGACACCAUCCCCUCUUGCUAACUUAGACACUCUGUUGGAUGGCACUUAUAGACAGAUCUUAGCAUUAGGGGAGGCAGUGGAGGAAAACAAGCAUCUGUUAGCCAAAGUAGCCAGUCACCUGAGCAGUGCCACACGUCUGCUCAAUCUGCUGAUCCGUCUGAUGGGGAACAUGACGGACAAGGAAUUCAGAGUGCUGGAGACCAGUAUAUCACCCCAGGUGGAGGACAGUGGGGAGCUGGGCUGGGAGGAGUGUGUAGAUGCAGCAAUAACCCACCUGCUAAGAACCUGCCUGGCUAAGAAUGCCAAGGACCAGACAGUGAACCCGUCCCCCCUCACUAUGCCCAGGGACACCAGCAAACUGAGGAAACACAUCGGCAUGCUCUGUGAUAGGCUCAGCAAGGGUGCCAAACUUGCAGUCGACAUACCUGAAGAUGCUUUGGGUGUGGAAGACAAACAAGAUCAAAGCAAGAAGAAAAAGUCACCAAGGCCAGCAGAGGAGAUCAACACCACCAAUAAAGACGAGACUCCUGGGGACCUGGGUGAGGCAGAGGUCCCAGUUGGGAGCAAGUUUGGGGAGAAGAAGAGUCCCAGGAAAGAGUCUGAUAUUCCUCCCCUGAAUGGCCCUGCUCUGUCCAAUGAGAAUGGUUUGCCUCCAUUAAGAAAGGGCAAACUGGCUCCACUUGGAGGUCAGGGGACAGGUCUUGGAAAAGGAUUGAAUGAUCUUUCUAAGAAGAAGAACAUUGAAAGUCUGGUCCCUGAUUUAGAUGACAUGGGUUCCCCUCCCAGUGAUGGUUCAUUGCUAGUGAAUGGAAAUGGAAUUGAUGAUGAGAAUGAUGUUGUUGCAGUGUAGACCAACACAUGGUUAUUGCUGUAUUUCUCACUGACACAUGACAGGCAUUUGCAAGUUUCUGAUGGAGCAGUAGUGUAUAAUUGUUGAAUAAAAUCUAAGAGGACAUCAAUUGCCUGUAUCGUAACUGUUUUUGUAUUCAUGUUUAUUUGAUAUGAAGUGCUUUUUCUAUCAUCAACAUUCACUGUCUUUGUAUUGUGCUCUCAGAUUCAUUAUCUCUAACUGUCAAAUGUGUCAGAGAAAACUUUGGCUCAGUAAAGACUUAAAUGGUAAACCAUUUGUUCUGUAUGAUACCCUGGUGUAUCUGUAAGCGAAAAUAUCCAAGAUAAGGACCCAUUUAUUUAUUGCGUGCAGUUGUAUAUAGCAUAUAUUGAUGUGGGAUCAUCAAAGUAGGUCAUAUAUCUCUGUGAUACAAAUAUGUAUGUGGAAGAAAGCAAUAAUAGGAAAUUGAAACUAUAUUAUUGAAAUAUAGGGAAUGAGAAGUCACAUAAUGAUGGAUUUGGUCCCAAAUAAACAAAAAAAACCACUGGUUUUGUUUGUGAACAGGUAAUUUCCUGGCUGUUUAAUAGACAUAUCAAGAAACUGGAGUAUUGUAAUUACAGUAUUUAUAUCUACCUGUAUAUAGUGUACAUUUCUGGAGCUAUGUCACACAUUUUAAAUCUAUUUGUAAUCAUGAUAAGAGUGUGGAUUUCUUUUGUUGAAAGCUGAGAACUAUGCUAAGCUUCUUUUGUGUUUUAUUAUUAAAUAAAUGUGCUCGCGUCCUUGUGGUCAAGAUGCAGUGAAUUGUCACUUCACUUAAAUAUUGCUUUCAUUUUACCUGUGAGGGUUUAACUUAAAUCUACUUUAUG